UGAUAUGGUAAUUUUGGGUGCAUGCUUAAUUUGGUUCAGCAUGUUGAGGUUCCAAUUCCCACACCCAAGAAUGAUGAGGUUCUGAUUAAGCUGGAAGCGACUUCUUUGAAUCCAUUUGAUUUGAAUAUCCAGAAGGGCAAGCCAAGGCCUUUUUUGCCUAAGAAAUUCCCUUUUAUACCAGCUUCCGAUGUAGCUGGAGAAGUUGUUGAUUUAGGACCAGGAGUCAAAAAUUUCAAAGCCGGUGACAAAGUGGUUGCUCUUCUAAGCGUCGCUAAUGGAGGUGGGCUAGCAGAGUAUGCUGUAGCCAAGGAAAGCAUGACAGUUGCAAGGCCGCCGGAAGUUUCAGCAGCUGAGGGUGCUGGAUUACCCAUUGCAGGUCUCACAGCUCACAUGGCUCUUACACAGUCUGCGGGUAUCAAGCUCGAUCGAAGUGGGGAGCGGGCGAACAUUCUUGUUACUGCCGCCUCAGGCGGUGUGGGUCAGUACGCUGUGCAACUGGCGAAGCUUGCAAACGCAAACAUAACAGCCACUUGUGGAGCCCGUAACAUUGAGCUGGUGAAGAGGUUAGGGGCCGAUGAGGUUCUCGAUUACAAAACCCCAGACGGGGCUGCCCUCAAGAGCCCGUCUGGUAAGAAAUAUGAUGCAGUUAUUCACUGCGCAACAGGCAUUCCUUGGUCCACUUUUGAGCCUAAUUUGAGCGCAAAUGGAAAAGUAGUGGACCUUACUCCUGGCCCUAGGGCCAUGUUGACUUGUGCCAUCAAGAAACUUACACUCUCUAAGAAGCAGCUGCUGCCGCUGCUUCUAGUUCCUAACAGUGAGAGCAAGAGUAUUCUAAGUUACCUUGUUAAUUUGGUCAAGGAAGGAAAGUUGACGACGGUGAUCGACUCAAAACAUCCUCUGAGCAAGGCUGAAGAUGCUUGGGCAAAGAGUAUCAGUGGACAUGCCACUGGAAAGAUUAUUGUCGAGCCAUAGUUAACCAACGGCAAAAGAGAGAAUGAAUGGAACUGAACUUAACAUACUCAAAGCCAACAAGGCUGAAGAUUCAUCAUGUAUUUAAUUUUACAAUGUGCACCUUUGAGCUCCUUACAUGUCAAAAAAAUUUGGGAUCUAUAUCAUGCUAAUUAGUUUUUA